CAUUGCUCUCUUCCCUUCCAAUCCACGGGCCUUUCCCGUUCAGACAAAAGAAAACAAAAAAUAUGAACAUUCCGACCAAACUCGCGUUCGCCGUUCUCAUCCUAGCGGCCGCCUCGGCCGCGGUCAUGGCCGUGCCGGCCGAACCCAAAACCCUUGUCAACAAGGUGAAUUACGUGUUCACCCCUCAUGCAAAGGCCGUGGCCGGAAUCUGCCGUUUCGUGCAAGACAAGCGACUCUGCUGCAAAACUCUAAAGCACGUUCCCACCGACGAUCCCGUCCAGCUAAUAAGAUCUCUCGCCUCGGCGGCGGAGACCGCCGUGAAAAACGGCCUGAAAUUCCUCGACGGGAUCAAACCCAAGUACCAAAGCAAGGAGUUUGCGAUCAAAGGCUGCGAGAAAAACCUGAAUUAUGCGUUGGAGGACUUUGCCGAAUUCUGGAAACUCGCGGGAAAGGAUCUGACGAGCAUGGCCGGGAAUUACUUCACGUGCAAGCAAAAGAUAACUUCCAUAUUCGGGUACCAUUCUACAUGUCUGGACGACAUAAACGGGAUCGACAAGAAUCUGAGGAAAGAGGUCGAGGGUGGGGUUGGACUGGGGAAGAAUCUGACCGGCGAGGCUUUGGAUGUUUACGCAGAUUUGAAAGAUAUUCUCAAUGGUUUCGGUAUUAAGGCGAAGCUCAACGAGAAAGAGACCGACCCCUUGCAACCGCCUCCGAUAUCUGAGUAUUACUACUGAUCAAUACACAUAAUGUAUAUGUGGUGAUAUAUAUAUAUAUAUAUAUAUAUAUGCCAACGACGAUGUCGAUGAAUUUUUAUUCAGAAUCUGAGUAUGUAGGAAAUUUGUAUGUAUGGGCCUGAUUGGAAAGGAUGAAAUGCGAUCGAACAAGCAGUUUGGUUCACAUAUUUA